AUGCCUCCGCGCCACCAAACACUGCCCCCGGCGCAGACCGCUGCAGCCCGCGAAGCUCUCCAGUCCUUCUACUGCAGCCUCUGCUCCAAGGGCUAUUCGCGUAUGAACGACUAUGAGGCACAUCUCAGCAGUUAUGACCAUAGUCAUAAACAGCGCCUUAAAGACAUGAAGGCCAUGGUUCGCGAUCCGAAUGCCGGCGCCCGAGCCCGGAAAGCCGAAGCCAAGGCCGACGGGCUUGUCAGUAUCAAGCUCGCCUCCAACGAACAGCCGCAACAGGCCGCCCCUACAGGAGGGUUCAAGAAAGGUGGCUUCAAGAAAUCGGGCUUCAAGUCGGCCUUUGCCCCGGCCGACGUCCUGGCUGCAUCUGCGCCAGAUACGCCAAAGUCAAGAAUUGGCCAAGCGCUGGAGGCAGACAGGCUUGCGAAUGCACGCGAACAGGGCACAACCGCUGAAAGCGAUACGGAAGAUGAGGGAUACCAAGUCUACGACCCACGACGUCCGACUGAUUGA